AUGAAUACAGAAUAUAAUGUAGCCCGGCGCCAGCUCGCCAAUUCUCCGCUACCAGGAAUUUGUGUUCGGCAUGGACUCCCCCCUCGGUCUUUUCCCCCCGGCAUGGAGCACAAGAUGUACCCUCUGAUGGACGUGGAGCACCGGCCGCCGCCUCUUGACGCUCAACUCUUCACCAACGUCAAGAAGAAAUGUGGGUUGCACUUGUAUCCUACUCAUAGGCGACCGAAGGGACAACACAGCGCGCCCCGCGGCGGUCCUCCCCGCUCGUGGACAAACGCAGAACUCACAGAAGCAUUACAGCACGUGUGGAACAAGAAAAUGACGACGAGUCAAGCGUCGCGAAUAUUUGGCAUCCCAUACAAUUCGCUGCUCAUGUACGUCCGAGGGAAGUAUGGCAAGAGCCUAAAACUGGAGCAGUUAAGGAAAGACUGUAUAGGUGGGCCGCUAGAGGUGUUAAAUUUGAACUCGGGUAACAACAACAACAAUCAUCCAUCGAGCAAACACAGCGUGAAAGAGGAACAGCACCAGAACGCGGGACAGCGGCCGGCCAGCUCAGAGCCAGACAUCUCUUCGAAUCCAAUGUUUAAUCCGUUUCAGCAGGGCUUCUAUCCAGAGUUCCCUCCCGGUUUUCCUAUGCCACUGAAUAUGCUUCACCUGUUACCGCCGAGCGAUAAGGCCAGAGAACUGUAUCAGUCCAUGCCAAUGGCGUUAGAUUCUCUCUCCGGGGUAGCGAAGGAAGAAGAUUGCAAGAGUGACCGGUCGAAGGAGAACUCUGCCGACGAGGAGGGGGACACGUAUCGGGCACCCUCACACCCGUCACACCCCCCGGACAACCGCACUCUCCUACAUCACAACGGACAGGACUAA